AAUAAAAUCAGCACAACCGUUACUUUAAUUAAAAUCAUUAUUAUGAGAUGCAGAUACCGUUGAGCGCUGGUGCAGCGAGUGUGAUAAGGCUGAGCAGCAGGGUGACAAGUGUUCCCGAAAGCAUCAGCAUUGAGCUUCAGCUUCAUCGAGAGGAAGAAGAUUUGAUUAGUAGAGUGGAGUAAGUAACAAGAAUUGUUUGCUUACCGCUGUUAACUUAACUGCACACAACUCCAACCAUUUCUCUCUUUCUCUCUCUAGAAACUGAAAUCGAAGUGAUGUAAGAGAGAGAAAGAGAGGGGAAGAAUUACGAAGACGAAGACGACGAAGAAGAAAGGUUCUCUCGUUUCUCAGUUCUCACUUCAGAAUGCUGCGAUUUAUUCUGCUAUGGAUGCUCAUUCUUUGCUUUGCACUUACUGCGCGUGCAGCUCAACGAGGGCCAUAUGUUAUGCGCAUCAACUGUGGGGCUCGACAAAAUGUUCAAACAAAACCAACCACUACCCUUUGGUAUAAAGACUUUGGAUAUACGGGUGGCAUACCAGCCAAUGCAACUACAACAAGUUACAUUACCCCUCCCCUCAAAACACUUCGCUAUUUCCCUCUGUCUGAAGGUCCUUCAAAUUGUUACAACUUUAAUAGAGUACCAAAGGGGCACUACUCAGUGAGGAUAUUUUUUGGACUAGUUGCACAACCAAGAGCUACCAAUGAACCACUAUUUGAUAUCUCUAUUCAAGGAACCCAAAUAUAUUCCUUGAAGUCAGGUUGGACUCAACAGGAUGAUCAAGCUUUUACGGAAGCUCAAGUGUUUUUUAUGGAUCGGUCAGCCUUAAUCUGUUUCCAUAGCACAGGUCAUGGAGAUCCAGCUAUCAUUUCAAUUGAAAUUCUUCAAAUUGAUGACAAAGCUUAUGAUUUUGGACCACAGUGGAGUCAAGGCAUAAUCCUUAGAACAGUUAAAAGACUGAGUUGUGGUUUUGGGCAGUCAAAGUUUGGCAUAGAUUAUGGUGCAGAUCCCUGGGGAGGGGACAGAUUUUGGCAACACAUUAAAACGUUUGGUCAGGAUUCUGAUCAACCUAGAUCUGUUGAAACUAGAAUCAAACAGGCUUCACAUUCACCAAACUUUUAUCCAGAAACUCUCUAUCGAUCGGCGCUUGUUAGUACCAGUAGCCAGCCUGAUUUAACAUAUGCAUUGGAUGUGGAUCCCAACAAAAACUAUUCCGUUUGGUUACAUUUUGCAGAGAUUGAUAAGUCCAUCAAUGCUAUAGGUCAAAGGGUCUUUGAUAUUAUAAUAAAUGAUGUUGUUACCUUUGAAAAUGUUGAUAUUGUGAAAAUGAGUGGUGCCCAAUAUACUGCCCUGGUGCUUAACACAACUGUUUCUGUUAAUGGGAGGACUCUGACAAUAACUUUUAGCCCAAAACAUGGAAGUGUUGCCAUAAUCAAUGCCAUUGAGAUAUUUGAGGUUAUAGCAGCUGAGUCAAGAACACUAUCAGAUGAAGUUAAGGCUUUACAAACAUUGAAGAAGGCUUUGGGGCUUCCUCCCAGGUUUGGGUGGAAUGGUGAUCCUUGUGUUCCUCAACAACAUCCAUGGAUUGGAGCAGACUGCCAGCUAAACAAAAGUAGCAGCAAAUGGCUCAUUGAUGGACUUGAUCUUGACAAUCAAGGUCUAAAGGGCUUCUUGCCAGAUGACAUAUCCAGACUACACAAUCUACAAACCCUAAACUUGAGUGGAAACAGCAUUCGUGGAGCUAUUCCAUCUGCACUUGGAAAAGUAACUAGCUUGCAAGUGCUUGACCUGUCCUAUAACUUUUUCAAUGGAUCAAUUCCAGAAAGCCUUGGACAGCUGACAUUGUUACAAAGGCUGAACCUUAAUGGCAACUUCUUGUCUGGAAGGGUCCCAGCAACUCUAGGUGGAAGACUUCUGCACAGAGCUAGUUUCAAUUUUACUGAUAAUGCAGGUCUAUGUGGUAUACCUGGCUUACGUACAUGCGGACCUCACCUUUCUGCGGGUGCUAAAGUUGGUAUUGUGUUUGGUGCUUCUUUUGGAUUUCUAGUUCUCAUUACCUGUUCUGUUUGUUGGUGGAAAAGGCGGCAGAAUAUCCUCCGAGCUCAGCAAAUUGCAGCAAGGGCAGCUCCAUAUGCAAAAGCAAGGACCCAGUUCUCUCGUGAUAUCCAGAUGACAAGGCAUAAUAGUUACGGCAAUGCUCACACUGCUGCCGAAAAUGGGCCUAUCUUGCUCUCAUGAUAAGACCCCAUUAUUCUGGUAUAUCUUUAGACAUUUACACUUGCAUUGUUCUGUUCUGGCCAUGAAUUUAUUUAUUUGUUUAUUGUUGAAGAAGAGACACUCCUAUUUAUGUGGAGAUGAAUGGCAGGGAGGUCUUAUGAACUCUGAUGAUUAUCCAAGAGUUGCUUGAGCCAACAAUUCAUUCAUACAAGCUGAGAACUAAUUUGUAAAUGAGAUUUUUUUUUUUUUUUUGAAGUGUACAUUACCGUGUUUACCUCCCCUUUUGUCAGAAAAUUUAUAUAGAUUUUCUUUCCCCUAUCCCUUAAUAGAGGAUUUGUAACACGUAGUUCAAUUGAAAUAGAAAGCAUACUGUUCUAACAGAAGUACAUAUAAGUUAGGUUCAGUUCACGUAA